AUGGACAUCGAGGAGUUCUUGUUCUUGAGGAGCGUCUACAUGACCAUCUUUCUCGAGGAGGCGGACAUCUGCCUCCAGGACGCUGCCCAGCGGAUGCAGGCGCUUCCCGAGCCCGACGUUGAUAGGAUUGCCCGCCUCCAGGCCGCGUCCUCCGCGCUCCAGGCCACGGUGGAGAUCUGCCGCAAGUACGAAGCCGAGGUUGCAGCCGCAGAUGCCAGGUGUCACGGCAGGAUCCGCUGGUGCGAUCUCUGGGCGAGGAUAUGCAGCUGCGCUUCAGCGGCGAUCGAGGGCGACAAGAAGUUGGGCGAGGUCCGCGGCGACGUGUCAGCCGUGCGGCGCCUCGCACAGGAGCGGGGGAUCACCGUCGAGGAGGGCUGCGCGAUCGAGGACAUGGACGAGGAGAAGCUUGUUGCGCUGCUCACUGACUCGUGGGCGCAGAAGCGCAGCAUGGACGUGAAGGCCCUGCUUGUCGACAAUGACGAUGGCAAUGAGAUGUCCGACAUCGCCGCUGCCGUGGAGGCAGCCAUGGCGGCAGCGGCGCCGGCGGGCGGGAAGAAGAAUGCGACCUACGUGCCCUUGAAGAGUCCACCUUCCAGUUCUGUGACAUCAGCCUGGGAUGCGUACGUAUUUGCGCAGAGGGCGUCCGCUGAGAUCACCGCGCUGUGGCGCUCGCAUUCCCAGGGCAACUUCUUCGACGUGGGCAGCAACUUGCUCAUGGAGAAGGCCGCCCAGCCCGGAGCCAGCGCCUUGAGUGGCAAGCCGCGCUUGUACGUCGACGUCGAGGGCGAGAAUUUCAUGAACCUCCGGCUCUGCCUCAUCGGGAAGGUUUCGAUCUCGGCCAUGGCCCCCGCGACGAAGGUCUCGGACAUGUACUGCGCUGGCAAGAUCGGCAAUCACUUCGUCUACAUCUCCCCGACUGCAGGAAUGGCGUCCCGGGGCAGCGCCAUCUGCGUCCCGGCGUGGUGCCCCAAGGCCAUUGCCCCGGUGCGCAAAGAGAGGGGCUCCGAUGAUAAGCUGACGCCCGAGCCUGUCCUGAAGAUCGAGGCCGUCGACGUCGAGGUGGCCUGCAAGAAGCUCGAGAUCAAGGUUCUCGUGCCGAACCCGGCGUUCCUGGCCAUCCACCGCGCCAAGGUCCAGGGCAUCGCCAAGGAGAAGGCCGCCAAGAAGUCCGCCGCGAGGUCCGCCAACGCAGACGGCGACGGCGACGCGGAGGCGGCGGCGGUCGACUGCACCGAGAACAUCGUGGAGCUGACCCGCGCGCAGUUCGCGGAGGAGAAGCUCCCGAACGCGACGAGGAAUCCACGGGAUGAUGGGCCGAGGCACAUCCUCCGUUGA